AUGUAUCUCAAUCACACUGAUGCAGAUGCAGAUGCAGAUGCAAACAUCAAAGAUAAAGACUAUGCUUCAUCCGUAGCUAAAGACUCUCUCAAGAGUCAGCACUAUCAACUUGAUGGUGAAAUGGAGCAAGUGCUGGGGCCUAUAUUGAUCAUUUAUAUAUUUGUGACUGGGGCUUCUAUUGAAGAUACACUCCUGAUAUACUACAUCAAAAUUCUCAUUGAUUGUCUCACUUAUGCAGUCACCAUUGUGUGCCAUGUGAUAGAAGUCACUCAAGCUAUUACACUGUCUUUCAGGUUAUCAAGCAUCCAUUAUAUCCAGUCUACACUCCUGGCCCUAUUCAGAUCUUUCUCAUCUGGUCAUGUCCAGCACCAAGUGGGCUCACAGAUCACUGUCUUUCUCAGCUCCACAUCUCAGUUGACUUAUCUCAUUGUGAUGGGUGUCCUAACACACAUGAACUCUCUUUGGCUGGUGCUCUCACCAACUCUGACCAGUAUGGAUGCCCUUGCUAGUCACAGCCAGAAGGGCAGCUUUGUAAGCUCUUUUAUUGAAGAGGAGGAUCCUAUACUCCCAGAUCUGCAGCAGCAUUGGCACUUUAUCUGUGAUAAAUCUGUAACUUGUGUUUGUACUGGAGUUUUCUCAGCUGUUGUGGUAGUCUCUAUCACCAUUACCAUUAUAUCUCAAUAA